AUGACCGACUGGGCUACCAAGGUCAAGACGAUCGGUCUCACCCAGGUCUAUUGCACGAAGGAAAAGCCGCUGGUCGAUAUCGUCUUCGUGCAUGGACUCAACGGUCAUCCGUACAAUACCUGGUCGACAAAGGAACCGCCCGUUUUUUGGCCGGCAGAUCUACUUCCCAACCUGCUCGAGCCUUGCAAGGUUCGGAUUCUCACUUACGGCUAUAACGCCAAUGUCACUGCGUUUACCGACGGAGCAUCAAAAGAUCACAUCCAUCAGCAUGCCGAAACCUUAGCCUCAACCCUAGCUGCCAAUCGCAACCUUCGCCAAUGUCCGGAUCGGCCCAUCAUCUUUGUUUGCCAUUCACUGGGCGGUCUCGUCGUCAAACGGGCCUUGAUCUACUGCAGGAGCGUUUCGAAUGAAAAGAUCGAGCACCUUCGGUCGAUCUUCGUCUCAACGUACGGUAUCCUUUUCCUGGGAACCCCCCACAACGGCUCAGACGUCGCGAAAUGGGGCGUGCUACUGCAGAACAUCUGCAGCGCUGUGCUGCCAAAGAAGUUCAUGGAGUCUUCCCCACAGCUCAUCAAAGCACUGAGGACCAACAAUGAGACUCUCCAGAACAUCAACAGUCUUUUUGCCGACAUUAUGGGGCGCUUCCAUCUCUAUUUCUUCCAUGAGACUCGAUCCACGGACGUCAAGGGCACCCGCGAACUAAUUGUGGACGAAAGCUCUGCCGCUCCUUACUUUGAAGGCGUCGAGCGAAUGGGCAUCGAGGCGGACCACAGCCAUAUGUGCAAGUUUGCAGAUGAGGAUGCCCCCGGUUUUGAGGCGGUAGCUGAAGCUUUGCUUCGGUAUUCGCGUGAUGCUCCUUUGACCAUCUUUGAUAGAUGGGUUGAGGAAGAAAAGACCCGCUUGGUCAUCCGGCAGACCAAAGCCAAAGAAAUCUUCAACAACGAAAAUCCCGCAAAUCGACCUGCCUUGAAAGGAGGGGGUGGUGAACCCCCCGAUCCCGGCCCAUCCAAUAGCACAACGCAGCUUGCCUUGUCACGAUCAUCGCUGAGAGAUCCGCUAUUUGUGGUGCCAGCAGGCUUCCAUCCCAAUGCCACUUUCGUUGGCAUGACCAGAGAGCUGGAUAUCUUACACGCUCGGUUAUACAGAGCUAAGAAGCGGGCUGAGCGCCUUGCAGCCGUCUUGAUAUGCGGGGGCCCUGGAGCCGGAAAGUCUCAUCUGGCAAGACAAUACGUGUGGACCCAGCGCGACUGUUACCCCGGCGGCAUAUUCUGGGUAGAUGCUAAAUCACGAGAGUCAACUAGCAAGUGCUUCUGGGACAUCGCGCAGGCUGCGAGUUUAACGGACGAUCUUGAAUUCGAGAGCCCGGACUUCAAAGCACCGCAGAAGUACGUAGAGGUGGUCCGCAACUGGUUCCAAGCUCGAGAGGAAUGGCUUCUCGUCUUCGAUGGUCUCAGCUUUAAUCAGGAAGAUGACCUUAACCAUUUCAGGCAGUUUUUGCCUUUCAACAGACAAUGUAGCAUUAUCUACACCUCGGUGGAUCGAACACUGCGGAAGAAACAGCGCCUCUACGAGCCUUAUUGUCUUCAAGUGCCCCCUCUGUCGGUCGAGGAUGCGUGCAAGCUCUUGUUCAAGGAUUUGGGAAUCAAGAGACCCACGAAAGAACAGGUCCGCAAAGCAGCUGAACUGGUCAUGCACUAUGAGUGUCUGCCCCUUGCCAUCCAUGCGAUCAGCCACCGCCUCAGUGCAACAUCCAAACCAAUUGAAAGGUAUCAUAUUAACUCGCAUCUGACGGAUGAAAAGCUUGCGGAGCCCUUCCUCAGUAUCAUGCACGACCUCUACCGGAUGGGGCAUUUUGAGGCCCUGAACCUGAUCAAUCUCCUCUCUUUCUUCGGACACCAUGUGCCGCUUGGGCUCAUCAACUUGGGCAGAUCAGUUCUGGAGACCUGGAAUGUCGAAAUUCUCACAAGCAGUAGGCCCGGGGAGCGCGGGGAUAUCGACACUACUUUAGGAAUCUUAAUUCGGUACGGUCUCAUCGAGAGGACUUCAGAUGCUUACGUUCUAAAGGAUCUCUCCCCUCAAUCUGAGAAGGAACUGAUAUUCGACCCCAGAGCCGUGGUGCCCGAGCUAUCCGAAUCGCAAACGGAGAGCAGUAGCCAGGAGGCCAGCUUCUCCAUCUAUCAGCAUGCGGGCUCGAUCGAUGUCAUUAAAAUUCAUAGCGUGGUCCAGGGAUUCUGCCGCGACGAAUUGAAAAUCAUGGAUGAAGAACAAAGGAAGCAGUCAUCCAGGCUAGAGGCUCGACGAGGGUCCGGGGCUGGAUCAGUCCAUGAAUCAGGGUCAGGCUCUGGAGUUGUCAAAGCCGAGGCCGGCUUCUACGAAUCAUGGCUCGUCGUGGCCAUUCGCCUUCUCUGCAAGUCGUACGAGAACGCGAAAAAGCGCAUGGAACUGGUCGACGAUUACGGCCUGGUUAAGGAUUACCGAGAAUAUGAAACUCAUGCAUCCCGGUUGAUCGAGAACUUCCCGAAACGGGCCUCGAAAGAGAAAAUCGUUCAAGAGGCGCGUAACGAAUUAAAACAGCUGAUGAGGAGCAUCUCCAGCGAAAUUGAACGCUUGUCGCCGCAUUCUUCGCAAGACUCCAUUCGCAAACACCGGUCUGUGUUUGAUAGAUCAAGCAGCUCUUCAUCGUCCGUGCCGGAUUCUGACGGGAGCCCUUCGAGGCAACUAACAUGGGAUCUCGCGGAUGAAUCGGCAAAAGUUGAGUCACCGAAGGAGCUGCCCGCUACGGCGCACCUUUUCAACCUGAGCCCCUUUCUCCCUCAUAUUUUUCGCGAAUCGAGUAGCGAGCAGGAGGCCGAGAGAGCCAAUCAGGAGAAGAUGGAAGCGUCUUCGCUCUCGCAGAUGAGUCAGGCUACGGAAAAGCCAUUGAUUGCUUCAAGCCCGCCACGGGACGAUCAAGGCUGGCAAGUUGUAGAGAAGCCACAGAAACCUAAGCCUGGAAAGGAGAGGCAGCCGAAACAGCGCCCAAAGUUUCCAACCUACAUACAUGGCUCCAAACCGGCAGCUCCUGUGCUCAAGGUAUUCCCUGUUGAAGGGAGGAGCGCGUCAAGCAGUAGCAUGGAGAAAGGCCGUAGUAGUUCUUCCGUCUCUGCCACGGAAGCACUGACAUCAGUGCAGAGUGCCAGCCCUCGCCGAUCCGAGGAAGAUCUGCCUGCUGGUCAAGCAAACCGAACAUGGGCUGCCGUGGUGGCCAAAGCCAAGCGCGCCGCAGAGGCACGAGGAGCUCCUUCGUUAUCGCCGAAACAGCGGCCCUCGUCGUCACCUGGGGAGACGAAGCGCCCGAGUUUGCCCGUCCCAAAGCCGCUGGAGAGCAAAUCUUCGGGGGAAACGUUGGGAACCGAUAAGACACAGCUACGCUUCCAGGAAGAUCGAUUGAGCCGAUCCACGUACAGUGAGCCAGGCCCAGAACUACUCACACAGCAGCUGCACGCACUGGACCUGGGAAUUGCACCAGAUUCACACUACCACUACCGUCAAUUAUCCACGUCAAUGACAGCGGCGCCGUUAAGGGACAUGUCGGCCAGUACGCCGUCGAUUUUGGCAUUUCCCCCACAGCCGCUCCCGUACGAGAAUGACAUCGAAAUCACGGUUUCACGACGCUUGAAUGCGAGCAACAUGCCGCCACCGCCGCCUGUCAGUCAGUCGGCCGCCACUUUUGGCCCAAUCCCCCCCUUCCAAGCCACACACCAUUCAAUCACACACCCAUCCGCCAUCUUGCCGGGUGCCUCACCACCAGUUUCGAUCAUCACUGAUGGAAUCGGAAACACGGGUUACACAUCCGAUCCACCUCCCGCUUUGGAGCCAUUGUCACGAGGGCCUUCGGGGCAGUCUUACCAGUCCUGGUCACCGGAACCAGAGCCGGAGCCCAUGCGCCUUCCACCACGGCUCGUCCCCUUGCCCACCAACUCGGUGGUGUACAUGCCCCAACAACAGACGCUUUCUGGGGCUGGCGGCUGGAUCAGUGAUGCGCAGCAACCAGCAAGCCUGAAAAGUGUCGGCUCACCCGAGGAUCCAGGGAUUCUGCACUUCGGGGCCCAUCGAGUCGAUGUGCGGGACGCUCGGCAGAGGCUCGAAGUGGGUGGGCGCUAUCAGGUCUCCGGUGCCUCGUGGCAAUUAUAUCACUCAAAUAGAUCGGGUCCUCUCAUCCGUCCGAGUCAGGAUGCGUUGACAGGUGCAGCCACACAAGGAACAUACGUUCGACGACCCCGAAGUGGCAGCUCCCCAAUUCACCCCUGA